UAUGUUGCUGUGUACGUGUGACGUAUAACGCAAGAUUUAUACUUGCUUGUAUUUGAGGCAUUGACAGUUUACUUCUGAGUAAAAGGGGGCCAGGAUGUUGAGGCUACGUUGUAAGACCAAAAACGGCAGCCACAUCAUGCAGGGCCUGACGCACCAGUCCUGUGUGCAGGAGCUGAAGAGCAAGGUGGAGGAGCUGACGGGAAUCCCCUGUGACAUCCAGAAGAUUAUGGUGGGCUACCCUCCUUCUAGUCUGGACUUGAGGGACGGAGAUGCCCACCUCAAGGAUUACCCCAUCAAAUCAGGUGACACGCUCAUCGUGGAGGAGGAGAAGAACAAGCCCAAGCCCCAUGCCAACGCCGUGGUCACCCCCAUCCCAAAGGGCCCGAAGCUGGACUGUCCCCCGGUGCUGGCCCGCCGUGUCGUCCCGGCCGACAACUCCUGCCUGUUCACCAGUGUCUCCUACGUGGUGGAGGGCGGCGUCUACGACCCGGCCUGCGCCCCGGAGAUGCGGGGCCUGAUCGCCCAGAUCGUGUCCAGCGACCCCGCGGCGUACUCGGAGGCCGUGCUGGGCAAGACCAACGACGAGUACUGCGCCUGGAUCCGCCGGGACGACACCUGGGGCGGCGCCAUCGAGGUGUCCAUCCUCUCCAAGUUCUACCAGUGCGAGAUCGGCGUGGUGGACACGCAGACGGUCCGCGUGGACCGCUUCGGCGAGGACGCCGGCUACCACAAGCGCGUGCUGCUCAUCUACGACGGCAUCCACUACGACCCCCUCCAGAAGGAGGCGCCCGGCUCGGACGCGCCGCCCCAGACUGUGUUCUCCACCACGGACGAUGUGAUCCUGGCGCAGGCCCUGGAGCUGGCUGACGAGGCCCGCAGGAAGAGGCAGUUCACGGACGUCAACCGCUUUGCGCUGCGCUGCAUGGUGUGCCAGACGGGCCUGGUCGGACAGAAGGAGGCCCGCGAGCACGCCAAGGAGACUGGCCACACCAACUUCGGAGAGGUGUGAGGGAGGGGGGGGGGGGUUGGGAGUGGAUGGAUGCCCCUUUUGUGUCCCCCACCCUCCUUCUCCUCCUCCUCUUUGGUCACCCCCCUCCACCUGCGAACACCCCGUCUGUCUGUCUGCGUCUCUGCCUCGUGGCGUCCUGAGACGUUGUGGGCGAUUCUGCCGACAGUGUCCAAUCCUACCUCUCUCUAACCCUACCUGUGGAGUCCUACCUGUCCUACCUUACUCGUCUAACUCUCUGUCUAAACCUAUCGGUCCAGUUCAACCUGUCUAAACCUACCUGUCUAACCCCCUCCCUCCAGUCCUACCUGUCUACCUCCACUUUUGCUGUCUGUCCUGCCCUAACUGUCCAGUAUUACUCCACUGCUUUUUAGUUCCCAAGCUACUACAGUUCGGACCUCAUUAAAUCAUUAUGUCUGAUUAUCAUAUGGAUAAGUUACUCAAAGUCCUAAUGCUAAACCCAACACGCAGUCAUGUGACUGCUGUUCGGCUAUGUCAGGUUCCUCAUGUGUAGCAUGUGUUCAGUUUACGGUUUACCAAUGCAGAAAUGUCUGUUUAAACCAAAACAUUACAAGUCGUCCUUUGGUUGGCACAUUUCUUAAGACAAGGUAUCCCUGGCGACGAUGGCACACGUGUCAUAAUCUCUUGUGACACUGAGGGUCAUUACCAUAGUUAGAUUUUUUGCUGAUGGUUGAGGACGGGAAGAUAGUUGUGUGAGAUUGCCUGAUUAGCUAGUUGUUUUUAAUGAUAAUUGAUAAAUGUCCAGAGAUGGGAGUGUCUCUUGUGGCAGUGAUGGCUUUGGAAUUUCAUAGUAUCAGCAUAGUUUGGUUGUUUUUUUUAAGGUCAGCAGAAUAUUUGAGAACAAUGGUGCUGUGGUCAAGUUAAUUUGACAAAGUAUUAACUUAUUUUUCACUCAUUAUUUUUUCACUCAUUACAUGUUUUGCUAUGUGGGCAGCCAAGUUUUAACAUUUCUUUUUUAGGUAUGAUGACAUUUUGUUGAUCAACAUCAAAUCAGAAAAAUAUUACUUAAGUGUAUUGCAUAACUCAAGACAAGUCAUCCAAAUAGGCAAUUGUUUUCUUUCAGUUUACUCCUUUGCAAUUUUUAUGGUUUUUAUGCAUAUAUAUAUGCUGUCAUUUUUAACUACAUACCAAGUGUAAUUAGUGGUUUAUAGGUGAACUAUUGGAGUUUGUUUUCUUUAAUCGAUGGGUGAACAGAAACUCGACUGUGUAGGGGUGCUUUGUGAGAAGAGUCCUCACUGCUGAUGUAUUCGCAAUUCAGGUACAGUCCACCCUGUGUGCUCUUCAUGUCCACAUUCAGUCCAGAACAGUGCGUCGGGCCUCCCCUGUCCCCGUGGGCCGUGCGCUCACGUGUAGCCUGUAUGACACGUCACACUGUGUGACGUCAUAGAUGUUGUCGGUCCACGCUUGUCCCUUGUGAUUGCAUGAUGAUGUGAGAAAGACUGGCGGCCGCUAUCCGCGAUGCUUCUACAGGUCCUUCCACCUCCUCCGCAUAGCUAUGUCUUAAUUCAGAAGGCUCCUUUUGAAUGGGGGGGGGACUCUCAAAAUGUGUUGAUAUAAUGUGGCAUUACUUUUUUUUUUGUCACGAUAUAGAGUUUCCUUAUCACAGAGGUUGAGACGUAUUCUGGUCAUCAUUUUCUGUUGGCAGACACUGCUUAAUGGUAUAUAAAGCUGUGAUCUGGUUAUUUAUA